GUGAGGGCGGCCAUUUUGAGUCGGGCCCGGAACGGAGGCUCGAUGGCCGGGCAACCGCGACGCUGCGGCGGGGUUUGAGCGGGCCAUGGACGUGCGGAGGCUGCGCGUCAACGAGCUGAAGGAGGAGCUGGGCCGUCGCGGCCUCGAUACCCGCGGGCUGAAGGCCGAGUUGGCGGAGCGGCUGCAGGCGGCGCUAGAAGCGGAGCAGGGCCGUGGCGGAGCGCCUGGACCGGGCUCGGGCAGAGAUCCGCUGUCUGACGGACAUUAUGGCAUCCAUGACGAUGCUCCCACGGACGACCUGCAAGGAUACCAGUCUUUUGAGCAUUGCAACAUUAAACAAGAGAAUGAAUCUGGGUAUGAGAGGGGACCUAUAGAUCAAGAUCAUUCUGGAUUACGUUCAGAAAUGAAGACGGAACCGAAACAAGAGGAGCCUGGCCCCGGCUACAACAUGCAGGCCUCCGGUUACAAUGCCCCUUCCUCUGGCUAUACAGGACCCUCCCCUAACUACAACACUUCCGCCUCUGGCUACAAUGCACCUCCCUCCAGUUACGGCACCACUGACUCAUCUCAGUCCUGGCAGCAGCAGCAAGGGCGUAAGAGGCCGUUUGAGGAAUCGCGGGGGCAUGGGUAUUACGAACAUCGAGAGGAUAAAAGGGGCCGAUCUCCUCAGCCGCCUGCAGAAGACGACGAAGACGAUUUUGAUGACUCGCUGGUGGCCAUUGAUACAUAUAACUGUGAUCUGCAUUUCAAAAUUGCCCGUGACCGAUUCAGCGGCUACCCUCUGACUAUAGAAGGCUUUGCUUACCUCUGGUCAGGUGCACGAGCCACAUACGGGGCGCGACGUGGGAGGAUCUGCUACGAGAUGAAGAUCAACGAGGAGAUCUCCGUCAAGCACCUUCCUCCCACUGAACCGGAUCCUCAUGUGGUGCGCAUUGGCUGGUCGCUGGAUUCCUGCAGCACCCAGUUAGGUGAAGAACUUUUCUCUUAUGGCUAUGGAGGCACUGGGAAGAAAUCCACCAACUGCAAGUUCGAAAAUUACGGCGAAACCUUUACCGAGAAUGACAUCAUCACCUGCCUUGUGGACUUUGAAUGUGGCGACGAUGUUGAAAUGUCCUACAUGAAGAACGGCAAGUGGCUGGGGGUGGCGUACCGGCUGCGGAAGGAAGUCUUGGGCGGCAAGGCGCUCUUCCCUCAUGUUCUGGUGAAGAACUGUGCCAUUGAGUUCAACUUUGGCCAGAGAGACGAUGCCUUCUUUCCAGUUCCGCCAGGAUUCACCUUCAUCCAGCAUCUUCCCCUGUCUGAGCGAGUUCGGGGGACAAUCGGACCAAAGAACAAAGCGGAAUGUGAAAUCUUGAUGAUGGUGGGGUUACCUGCCGCUGGGAAGACCACGUGGGCCAUUAAGCAUGCUGCAGCCAAUCCAAGCAAGAAAUACAAUAUUCUGGGAACAAAUGCCAUUAUGGACAAAAUGAGGGUAAUGGGACUCCGCCGUCAGCGGAACUAUGCCGGCCGCUGGGAUGUUCUCAUUCAGCAAGCGACGCAGUGCCUGAACCGCCUGAUCCAAAUCGCGGCCCGGAAGAAGCGGAACUACAUCCUGGAUCAGACAAAUGUUUAUGGAUCUGCCCAGAGACGAAAAAUGCGCCCUUUUGAAGGUUUCCAACGCAAGGCUAUUGUAAUUUGUCCCACGGACGAGGAUUUAAAAGAUCGAACAAUAAAGCGCACAGAUGAGGAGGGGAAGGAUGUGCCCGAUCACGCAGUGUUAGAAAUGAAAGCCAACUUUGCGCUGCCAGAGUCAGGAGACUUCCUUGACUCCGUGGUCUACAUUGAGGUGCAGCGGGAGGAAGCGGAGAAGCUGGUGAGACAGUACAACGAGGAAGGCAAGAAGGCGGGCCCGCCACCUGAAAAGCGCUUUGACAACCGGGGCAGUGGCUUCCGGGGCCGCGGCGGCGGCGGUGGCGGCUUUCAGCGCUUUGAUAACAGAGGUCCACCAAUGGGCAAUCGAGGUGGCUUCCAGAACCGAGGAGGAGGAGGAGGAGGCGGUGGUGGAGGCAGCGGCGGCGGCGGAGAAGGGUUCAGAGGUGGAUUCAGAGGUGGCGGAGGAGGAGGAGGAGGAGGAGGUGGUGGAGGAGGAAACAGUGGAGGAGGCUUCAACAGGGGUGGCUACAAUCAGAAUCGCUGGGGAGGCGGGAACCGAGACAGCAACAACAACAGCCGAGGCAACUACAACCGGAAUAACCAACAGCAGCAGAGCAGCUACAGCCCAGCCCGGAACCAGAACACGUACAAGAGCAGCAGCAGCAGCAGCAGCAUGGCCCCCGCUGCCCCCGCCCCCGCCCCUGCCGCCAGCGCCCCACCCAGUACUUACAAUCCAGGGCCACAGCAGAGCUACACGCAGCCCUACAGUCCCCCAGCCAGCUAUAGCCAAGGUGCUUAUGCAGCUCCUAGCUACAACUAUGGGAGCUACGGCGGUUACAGCCAAAGCUACACCCAGCCCCCACCACCGCCGGCCCCGGCGCCGGCUCCAGCCCCGACCCCGCCGACCUACAAUCAGCCCAACUACAACCAAUACCAACAGUACGCCCAGCAGUGGAGCCAGUACUAUCAAAACCAGAGCCAGAACCAGAACCAGUGGCCCCCGUACUACGGCAGCUAUGACUAUGGGAGCUACUCGGGCACCUCACAGGGAGGGUCCAGUGCUCAGUGAUGGCUCCGGGUCCUCCUUGGAGAGAGCAGCUCAUUGCCGCCACCACUUUGGGCAAGUUGACGGUGGGCAUUUUUGAGUCUCGGGCGAUCCGGGAGGGAAGUAGUCUCUCUACCUUUGUUUCCUCUCUGUAGUUCUUGAGGGCGGCCUGCGUUUUUACCUGUACAGCUAGAGCCAUGUCACCUUCCCUUUGUACCACCCCUCACGAGGAAGUUACAUGAUUUCUUGUCUCUCCUUGUUGGAAGAUAUUCUCCCCCCCACUUUUUAAAAUUUCUUUGAUUCCGAGCGGAGCUAGAAUCUUCAGCUUCACGUCCUUGUACUUUUUAGAGAAAGAUCCAUGCUAGUAUCCCACUUUCUACAAUAGUUUGGGGUGGGGGUGGGUGGGGAGGGCAGCCUCAGAAAGCCCCUUCCUGGGAUUUCCUACCACCCUCUCUCUCUCCCCCCCCCACCUCACACAACUCUGCUAGCGAUCAUAAAUCCCAGACGCUUUGGAAACCUUUCCUGCAAUUUGGUGUCACCCGUCUUUGAGGUGUUUUUAUCCGUCUUUUCUGCAAAUAACUAUUAAAACCGGAGGGAGAAGAGAUGGCUAUCUAUGGUAAUUAUGUUCUUUUUUUAAAAAAAAAAGAUUUUUCUGUUACUUUUUACCGUGGGUCAGCAGCUGUUAAUAUUUUCAUCAAGGUAACAAUUCCUUUUCACUCAAUACAAGAGAGGAGAAACAAACGAGGGAGGAAUCAUCUUCAAUGUGUAACUUUUUAUACAAUGUCUAAGUUUCUGUAACUUUGCACAUGCUUUGUGUUGAGUUGAAUUGUAACAGCUUUUUGUAUUUGGAGAAGAAAAAAAGAGUGAAUAUUGAACUUUAAA